AUGGCAUUACAUGCCAUUAUGAAUGCUGUGAUUGGUGUUUUUCGUCUGUACUUGUUCAUCACCUCCACGUUUCGCCGUCCGGAGCCUCGUCCGGAAUUGUCUCCGAAUCCAGACUUUUACCAGUCGCGCAUAAACAAUAUCAAUAGGCUUGUACGGGGUAAUGACGUGGACUGCCACGAGCAAUUGAGGGUGAAUAGGUCUAUUGAGACAAUAAGUAGGCAUUUCAAUGCUGUACUCCAAGCUGUCUUGCGCCUUCACCGAAUGCUUCUAGUGACGCCCGAGCCUAUACCUGCUAACUACCAAGACACUAGGUGGAAUUGGUUUCAGAAUUGUCUAGGAGCAUUGGAUGGGACAUACGUCCCAGUAAAUCCCCCGGCCGUUGAUAGGCCAAGAUAUAGGUCGAGGAAGGGUGAAAUUUCUACAAAUGUCUUAGGUGUUUGUACGCGGGAUCUAAAAUUUGUUUACGUAUUGUCUGGUUGGGAAGGAUCGGCCACUGACUCUAGAAUCCUUGGGAACGCCAUGGAAAGACCCCACGGUCUCAGAGUCCCCCAUGGACAAUAUUACCUUGUUGAUGCUGGCUAUACCAAUGGGAACGGUUUUCUAGCACCAUACCGUGGCCAACGAUACCACAUUAAUAUUUGGAGGCAAGGUCAUCUACCAACAAGCAAAGAGGAGUUCUUCAACAUGAAACACUCCGCCGCUAGGAAUUGCAUUGAGAGAAGCUUUGGGGUUCUCAAGAAGCGGUUUGCAAUUUUGAGAUCUCCCUCCUUUUACCCAAUAAGGACUCAAUGUCGUAUCGUGUCAGCAUGUUGUCUUCUUCAUAACCUAAUUAAGAGAGAGAUGCCCAACGAUCCAAUUGAACACGAGUACACAGCGUGGGAACUAGCACAUAUCAACGAUGUCCCUGUUGAUGAUCACAUUGGUGCCGUAGAGAGUUCCAAUGAGUGGACCGCAGGGAGGGAUGCUCUUGCGGCAGCCAUGUAUAACCAAUGGUUAGCCAAUGGUGGGGGACAAGUGGAGGGCAUCCUUCCUUGA